UACUGAAGCUAUAUUGGACGCGCAUGCGUCUGAAAUCCGGCCCGUCUAACAACACUGCUGCUUAUGGGCCUCAUUGCUGCAAUUUUAAAGUUUGGAUUAGCAUCAACAAGCGGCCGGAAAGUUGCUCCAAGAGGUAUAGCAAGUAUACGUCGAUUCGUCAGGAUGUCUCAGUUAUUGGACAAUGUGCCUGAUGUGGAUAUCGAUGGCUAUGGGAGAUUUAAGUAUAUUUUAAUUGACGUGCAGGAUGACGUUGGAAAAGCUAGCAAAAAGAUUGUCAGAGGAUACGCAAAAGCACAAUGGCAUGCUGAUAUAUUCGACGAAGUAGAUGAACAAAUCAAGAAACAUGCUGGUCUACAAGCGACUUGCGUAGGCGGUGGAAGAAUUGAGCAUGACCCCGACGAAAAGAUCAUCAAAGUUUAUGGAUAUUCGCAAGCUUUUGGCAAAGCGGAUCAUCAAGUGUCGGUUGAGUUAUUGAAGAAAAAAUAUCCUGCCUACAAUAUCACGUUCGCAGACGAAGUUACUAAUAAAAUGUAUACUGUAGUUAUUAAGGAGAUGAAACAACUCAAUCUUAUUGCGAUAUCGUUUAAGGUAUACUUAACCAUGUUUUCCCGAGCCGCAAAAUCAGUUAUAAAAUCCGUUGGAUCACGCCGAAUCCAUAUUGGUGAAAAGAAUUUCAAGAUUGCUCUAAUUGGCGACGCUAGAGAAAUCAGUCAAACCCUAUCUCAGUUAUUAAGAAAUAACGUGAAACUGAAUGCCCUUGCGUUAUACGAUGUGGCAGCUGUCAACAGACCUUUGCCGAUUUACAAUUUCUAUGAUGAACAGCCAUUCAAACCUAUUCUAUCAGAAAUACCAACAAUGAAAAAGAAAUCCUAUUUGGAGGAAAGCAAUCGUUCAAAUGCAGUAGUUAACAGCACGAGACAAACAGACAAUAAUAAUCAUCAAGGAAAUAAUGGAAGGAAUCAGACAGAGAAACUUGUGGCAGCUCUUUACCAUUUACCAAUAGCUGAAGAAGUUCCAGCACUUAACAGUCCAUUGAUACCUAUUGAGGAAUUAAUGUCAAAGGCGGGUAAUGCAUGCAGCAGGAUGCGUCUUUAUGCCAGAGUCCUGGGUGAGACGAGUUCCAGUAACAUGAAAACCUGGCAAAGAGAUUACGCCACCGUCCCGAUUCGCAAGUGGUUCUCCGACUUGACGUAUCCAUCGUUUCAGGAGUACGAUCUGAACUUCAUUCCAGAAACGAAAAUCGCGAAGAAAGAUCGAUCGAUUAAGAAAACGAGAAAAAUCGAACAUUUAUCCUAUAGUGCACUCGUUGCGAAAGAAAAUAAUCAUCAAUUGUUGCCAACGUUUUUGUUGAAUCAUGGCGAAAAGCCAGCAAGAAGAUUGAUGAUGAAAUUUAGGAAUGUUAGUAUACUUCCAAAUAUAGAGGCACGUUGCAAAGGAGCAGAGAAAUCGACCGAUUGGUCGAUCCCAGCAGUGCUAUUGAAUAACAAAUUGAGGUUAUUACAUGAGUUCUACGGUCGUAUUAAAUUUCCUUUGUCUUCAUUAAAUUUCAUAAAUUACAAACGUGAAAAGAAUCGCGAAGUAGUUUCAUUCAAUCGCGACAGCGAAACAAUGACGGACGAUACGUUAAAUGUCGUUGAACAGGAAAAUUGGAUUCGACGAAUAUGCUCCAAAAUCAAAUCCAUACUCCCAGACCUGCAGGCCAAAAUCCGAUUCCAUUCGACAACCGCAUCGGACUCGUAUUGUUCGGAAAAUAUUUUUGUGGUGAACCAAGUGAUUCCGUUUUCCGACAUAAUUUCCAAUAAUGCGAUUCUCUUUGCAUCAAAGGAUUACGAAGCUGAUAAACCGAGGGCCGGCAUUCGGAGGAAGAUACAGGAAUUUUGUAUGCAGCGGAAAAGAACUCUUAAGAAGAAUAGAGAGAAGAAUGAUAUUUGUAAGAAAAGAGAGAAGUCAUGCGAAAAGAGGGAGAUGGAAAAGAAAUAUCAGAAGAGAGAAAAGAGGACUGAUUGCGCCGGGAGAAUAAAAUGGGCAGGCAAGAGACAAAAUGUAGUUUCCUGCAAAAGGAGAAAGAGUUCUUGCGAUAAAAAAUAUUCCCGCGAUUGCCGUAAACCUUGCGAACGAAAGGCGGAGAUCCAAGAAGAUCCGUGUAAACCGAAAAAGGAUGAUAUUUCUAGAACAGAAAAAGAUCCUUGCCGUGAACAACCUCGCGAACGAAAGGUGGAGGUCCAAGAAGACCCAUGUAAAAAGAAAAAGGAUGAUACUUCUAGAACAGAAGAAGAUCCUUGCAGUAGACCAUAUUCCAUGAAGCAAGUACAAACUUGUUAUGAACUGCAUGACGCAAGUCCAUGUAGGUCAGAGAAGAAAAAAGAUGUCAAGAAGAAAAAAGACAUCAAGAAGAAAGAAGAGCCUGAGAAGAAAAAAGAAAUAAAAAGGAAAGAAAAAAUAAAAAAGCCUGAUUGUUUAGAGAUUAAAAAAGUUGAUCCAUGUGAGAAGAAACCGUGUCCACCUGUUAAAAAGCCACAACCAGAAAAUUUGACUGUCAAGAUUUCAAAAUCCGAAAUAAUAGCAGAAAGAAGAGAGAGUUCAAGUUCAUCGAUGACAUCUGCGGUAAAAAUAACGGGAAGUGGAAAACCGAUCGAGUCCAAUCGGAUCCAAACCAACAGAGAUUUUCUAUCGAUCAUCAAUUCAUAUCAACAGUUUACGGGAAUCAAUUUUGUCAAAGAUUUCCAACAAGAUCUCAAUUCAACAGUCAAUCACAAGGAUUGUUCCGAUUUUUCUUUUCUACAUAAUCAUUUUGUCACUCAUCUUUGCUAUUGUAGCGAUCAGUGUGAUGAGUUUGAGGAAUCAAAGUUAUCGUACGAUGCCAACGAUGACUAUUUCCCUCAAGGUGAAGAAUACGAAGACGAGAUCGGUAUAGAUGACUAUCAACUAGGUAAAAAACUAAAGAAACCUAGUAAAGAACCACCAAUUGUCGACGAUGAGUACGACAGUUUUGAGCCGACGAUGCUGUUGUUUGAAAAUAACAAAUAUGUCAAUGGAGGUCCAUUAACGAGGUUUAUCACACGCGUACAUUUUUCAAGUAUUGAAGAAUUAACAGAGCCUGAUCAAAUAAUGCUGAUGUCAGAAAAAGUUUCCAACAAGGACGCUGUCGAAAAAUUGCGAACUCUGAUCGAGAAAGUAGCAGAGUUCAAGCGUCGAGUUUUCCGAUCCAAACAUGAAGCACCGAAAAUCGAGGCUACGACAGACGGAAGAAAAGAACAAAAAAUUGAGGGAGGUGGGCCAAGAGCGCUGGUCGGGAUUACCGCGAGAUUAUUGAGGAAACGCAGCAAAAUCCUUCACGAAUUAAUACAUAAAAACCAGCAGGCAGUUAGUGGCAGAGCAUUGCGGCUAGGUGAGCCAGACUGUGGCGAGAAUUCGCCUGGUGAACCAAAAAAGAAUCCAUGCGAUCCACCCAAGGGCCCCUGUCAGCCCGCCGAACCACCGGGUUAUCCCUCCAAGCCAAAACCCAAAAAAAAGCCAUUCUGCGUUCAAUGCCCACCCAAGAAACCGUGCAAGAAAGAGAAAUGCUGAAUUGCGUCAGUAAGAGACAGAAGGCUAUACAGAAGCUAAAGUUCGUACAAACGGAAACCUUCCUAAGAAGUCUACCAAGGCCUAUCUUUGGAAUAGGAGAAUU